CCCAAGGCGGAAGGUCAGGCAUCACGUCUCAGGCCCAAACUGCCAAGGGCCAGCCUGCCAGGGGGGUUAAAAAGCGGAAUUUUGCUAUUUCUGUUGGCUAAUGCUGAAACUGAUUGACGGUGUAAUACCAUUCUUAAAAUCCCAGUUGAUUAAAUAGAUCAUUAUAGAUUUUGAAGCCAUGCAGUUACAGAAUCAUUUGGAGCCAAUGGUUGUUGAUCCAGUCAAUGAAGAAAAUGAUAACCAAGAAGAAGAAGCUGUAAUUGUGGAAAAUUCAAAUUUGGACUUGGACUUGUUUUCAAGCAACUAUGGAGGCUUGGGUCGCCUUUAUCGCCUCAUCUUCAUUGCUGAUCGCUGUCCUGGGCUGAGGGAAGAAGCUUUGCUCAUGGCUUUGGCUCAUGUGCAAACCACCUGCAAUGUGGCUCUUUAUAAUAAAAUCAUUCAAAAGCUCCAUCAGCCUGGGCUGAGCAGUGGCAGUGGAGGGAGUGGCAACCUGCCUGAUGUUGCUGCCGGUGGAGGAGAGGCUGGCGCUAGUGGUGGUGUUUCCUCUGCACGCAGCACCCAGUCUAUUCCAGGCCCUGACUUACAAUGGAUUGAAGCAAAGACUAAGAAAGCCUCUAUGAAGCUUGAGAAGCUGGAUGCUGACCUUAAAAGUUCCAAAGUAAACAGCAUCAAAGAGAGCAUCCGGCGCGGCCAUGACGAGCUUGGUGACCACUACCUGGACUGCGGCGAACUGAGCAACGCCCUCAAGUGCUACAGCCGCGCACGUGACUACUGCACCUCUCACGUCCACAUCCUCACCAUGUGUCUCAAUGUCAUCAAGGUGUCCAUCUACCUGCAGAACUGGUCUCAUGUGCUGAGCUACGUCAGUAAAGCUCAGGCCACCACUGAGAGCACUGAUGCUAAGUCCGUGAUGGGGAGCAACAAAGAUCAAUCAGCAAUUAUACAGACGAAGCUCGCCUGCGCCGCUGGUCUUGCGCAUCUCGCAACUAAGAAAUAUAAUUUAGCAGCGAAGAGUUUCCUGGCAGCUCAGCUGGACAGCUGCGUGUACAACGAGAUCUUGUCGCCGUGGAACGUGGCUGUGUACGGCGGUCUGUGUGCCCUCGCCACCUUCACCAGACAAGAGCUGCACCAACGCGUCAUCAUGAGCAGUUCAUUCAAGCAAUUCCUGGAGCUGGAGCCGCAGCUGCGUGAUCUCAUCUUCAAGUUCUACCAGUCCAAAUACGCGCAGUGCCUCAAACUCCUUGAUGAGCUCAAGGACACGCUGAUGCUGGACAUGUACCUCGCCUCGCACGUCAAGACGCUCUACUCCAAGAUCAGGAACCGCGGCCUCAUCCAAUACUUCAGACCUUUUAAGAGCGCGAGCCUGGAGCGCAUGGCGGGGGCGUUCAACACUACGGUGAGCGGACUGGAGGAUGAGCUCAUGGCGCUCAUCUUGGAGGGUCUCAUUCAGGCCCGCAUCGACAGCCACAAUAAGAUCGUGUACGCUGCGUGUGUGGAGGAACGCAGCGUGACGUUCGAGCGCACGCUGGAGAUGGGCCAGCAGCACAUCGACCGUCUCCACAUGCUCCUUCUCAGGGCUGCUCUCAUACGACAGCAGAUGCACGUGAAGCCGCCAUCGCGUGAUGCAAUGCCAGGCUCGAGCGGCAGCGCUGCCGACACUCUCAGUGAACUGCAGGGUUCAUGAGAGCUUUCAUACCCGUUAUUUUUCUGCGUCGAACGAACUGAAGUUCUGCAACAUACUUUUUUUUCUUAUAGAAGAUCCAGUUCUACCGGAUUCAAUCGGUGCAAGUAGUAAUGGGUUCCUAAAAAAAAAUUUUUUUUGUUUCUAUUUUUAUUUUAUUUUAGUUUUGUGAAUGAAGUUGGCAUUACCACCAGGCGAUGAUGUACUAAGGAACAAAAUUGAUCGAAUUAAAAUUAUUAAAUUUCCAUAAAGCUAUAUGUAAAAUCGCAGAAAGUUAGGUAGAGACGCUCAAUCAAUCUAAUUACAUUGUUUUAAAUCACGAUGACGUCUAACACCAAUGGAAGGUAUGCUAACAAAUAAAGAUUCUUUACAAAAUUUC